AUGUCACACGUACCUGUCAGUGUGCCUGCAGCAAAAUCUCAAGGUACAGGCAUCCAUUGGCAAGUGGGUCAAGCCACAUCGCUUUUCAACAUCAAAUUUGUGAUGUCUUCCGCUCCCGACACGGCUCACCAAGGAAUCUGGAUGGAAGAUGGAAGCGGUGGCAUCAUAUCCGAUCUUGAGUUCAAUGGAGGUAAAUAUGGGAUAUGGGCAGGCAACCAGCAAUUCACCGUUCGCAACGUUGUAUUCAAUGGGGUUAACACUGCUGUCUUUGCUUCGUGGAACUGGGGGUGGACAUUUCAAGGCGUGACCAUUAACAAUUGCCAGGUCGGGUUUGAUCUAACGACUGGUGGCGUGGCUACGGAUUCCCAGACUGUGGGUGCUGAAGCGAUCAUCGAUGCGACGGUCACUCAAACGGAAAUCUUUGUGUACUCAUCCGCUGCAAGUAACGGAUCUCUUGAUGGAUCUCUGGUCUUGAAAAAUAUUGAGCUAACCAAUGUGUCUGUCGCUGUCGGUGCUGGAGACGGGGACGCUGUUCUCCUAGGAAGUCCCCUUGGGAUUCAAACGAUUAACUCUUGGGUUCAAGGCAACGUCUACACAGGCUCAAUUCCAGAUGGGAGGUUUAUCCAAGGGGAUUUCGAUUAUGAAGAUAUUCCAGUGAGCGAGUUCGUCAGUGUCAAGGAUCUUGGCGCGAAGGGAGAUGGAAGGUUCGCAUACAUGACUACCGCUUGCCAGCAAUGCGACAGCAAGGUUAUUUUCUUCGAUGCCGGCGUGUACAUCAUUACUACCUACAUCGGCGAGGCUUGGUCUGAGAUUUCAGGCAAAGGUGACUACUUCAGUGACAUCGCAGAGGGACAUCAGGCUGAAUUGUCUCAGCUUCCUGGCGCUAUUAUUCUUGAAUGGAAUGUUCGUGGCGACGACGAUAACCUUGCAGGACCGGGAAUGUGGGAUAGCCAUGUAGUGUACGUCAUUUAUAUGUUUUACGAUGAGGGCUCUGGUAUGGAUUCGGCACAUUGUCCAGUAGGCAGCGAAGAUGUUUCAUGUGCGCCGGCUUUCUUGGGAUUGCAUUUGACCUCAGAGGCUACGGCUUAUUUGGAGGGAACAUGGGUUUGGCUCGCGGAUCACGACCUCGACGGGGACGGCGAGACCCAAACGACACUCUUCUCUGGACGAGGAAUCUUAUCGGAGUCUCGUGGUCCUGUGUGGAUGGUGGGAACAGCCGAACACCACUCUCUUUAUCAAUACAAUCUUGUGAAUGCAAGUGAUCAUUAUAUGGGUUUAAUUCAGACAGAGACCCCAUACUUUCAACCGGUUCCCCCUGCUCCUGGUCCUUUCGGUAUUCUUAAUGGCUACAACGAUCCCGCAUUCGAUUCCGACAUCACCAGCGCUUGGGCUCUACAGGGUACCGCACUGUACAGCUUUUUCAACAACUAUUCGCAAACCUGCCUCACAACUGUUUCGUGUCAACCCCAGAUUGUAGACAUUUCAUCAGACAGCGAAGUGUACAUCUCUUCAUUGUCCACUAUCGGGGCGACGUAUCAACUCAGUGUUGACGAAAGCACCG